GCCGCGCUUUCGGGUUGGUCACGGGGGCGCGGCCGGCGGUGCGGCCUUGGGCGGCGGGCACCCGGCACCGGAAGGGGACUUUGCCUUCCUGACCUCCGCCAGCAGACUUGAUGGCGCCGGCUUCCAGAAAAGAGGCUUGGCGGGCCAUCCGGGGCAGUGUCCUGACCGUGAGGCCUACUGUGGAGCGUCUGGGACCGAUAGGCAGGAGGUGAACGAGAAGGACCGAAGAGAGUGUUUCCUGUGGGACAGCGGGGACUUGACUUCUGCGCUCCGGGGAUUCCUGUCAGGUCAUAUAAAUGAGCAACUUCUUCUGAAAUAUGAUUCUCAUCUUGUUUUCGACCUUGCUGUGAUCCUCAGUGAUAUCAGCGAAGCUUGAUGGGGCUGCUGUACAAAAUGUGAUGUGUCUGAGCUAGGAGAGGCUCUGCAGACCACCUAAUACAGUCCCAACCCCCAUUUCACAGGCAGGAAGUGGGAGAGAAAGCUGAAGGCAGGUUCUGAGGAGCUGCCCAAGAUGGCCCAUCCUCAAGUAGCUAGGCCUGACUUCGCCUCUGUGCAUGGACACGUGACCUCUUCCAUCAAGUGAUCACCAGGAUGGGUGUGUCUGGUUGGGUCUCUGGUGGUCUUCGGGAAGAAACUUCCUGCCUUCGCCACAAUUGCCAUUCACCAGCUGCAGCAUGAGAAGAAGUAUGGUAUCUACUUUGCUGACGGGAAAGUGUUUGCCCUGUACAGGCAGCUGCUGCAGCAUGAGUGCCCAAGGUGCCCGGAGCUGCCACCUUUCAGCCUCUUCGGGAACCUGGAGCAGCACAUGAGGAAGCAGCAUGAGCUCUUCUGCUGCAAGCUGUGUCUCAAAUACCUCAAGAUCUUCACAUACGAGCGCAAGUGGUACUCACGCAAGGAUCUGGCGCGGCACCGCAUGCAGGGAGACCCUGAUGACACAUCACAUCGUGGGCACCCACUCUGCAAAUUCUGUGAUGAGCGCUACCUGGACAAUGAUGAGUUGCUAAAGCACCUGCGUCGAGAUCACUACUUCUGCCACUUCUGUGACGCGGAUGGGGCCCAGGACUAUUACAGCGACUAUGCCUAUCUGCGUGAUCACUUCCGGGAGAAGCACUUCCUUUGUGAGGAGGGCCGCUGCAGUACUGAGCAGUUCACCCAUGCCUUCCGCACCGAGAUCGACCUCAAGGCCCACAAGACAGCCUGCCACAGCCGCAGCCGUGCUGAGGCCCGCCAGAACCGCCAGAUCGACCUGCAGUUCAGCUAUACACCACGGCACUCACGUCGGAACGAAGGCUGUGUGCCGGCCACAGGGAUCGUCAGUGGUGAGGACUAUGAGGAGGUGGACAGGUAUAACCGCCAGGGUCGAGCAGGCCGGACCAGUAGCCGUGGAUCCCAGCAGAGCCGCCGAGGAAGCUGGAGGUAUAAGAGGGAAGAAGAGGACCGAGAAGUGGCAGCUGCCAUCCGGGCCUCGGUGGCCAUGCAACAAAAGCAGGAGACACACAGGAGCGAGGACCGGGAGGAAGGCAGCAGGCUCAAGAAGGAGGAGGCAGGGGUGUGGGGACCUGAGGAGCCCCGGGGGCCCCGGCGCCUGCUCCGGGCUCAGGGUGAAGGCCCAGGCCCCAAGGAAGCCUCUAUGGAUGGUCCUGUAAGCCAAGAGGCCUUCCCAGCAAGCAGCCCAGCUGCAGGGGCCACACUUCUGAGCACCCUCUUGCCCCCCACUUCGAAGCUCAAGGAUGAAGAUUUCCCCAGUCUCUGCACCUCCACUUCCUCCUGCUCCACAGCAGCAGCCCUGGGCCCUGUGGGGCUGGCACUGGUGUACCCUGUUCCUGCCAGGGGCAGGAACACCUUCCAGGAGGAUGACUUCCCUGCCCUGGUGUCCUCCAUCUCCAAGCCCAGCACAGCCCCCACUAGCCUCAUCUCCGCCUGGAAUAGCACCAGCAGCAAGAAGGUGGUACAGCCCACCCCAGGGUCUCGGGCCGCCAGCGGGGGCAGUCAUCCCCCCAGGAAGGCUGGAAAGGGAGUUAAAGGUGGCAAGAAGGGUGGGCCACCCCCCAUGGAGGAGGAGGAGGAGGAAGAGGAUGGCCGUGCUGGCCUUACCGCCCAGGAGCUACGGAGUGUGCCCACCGCGGUCCCUGUUGCCUCCCUGUUGGCACUGGCCUCGACCCAGACCUUCACCAAAGUUGGCAAGAAGAAGAAGGUGGGCUCUGAGAAGCUGGGUGCUGCAUCACCCCUGCCUGAGAGUGUUGGCCCCCCUGGGGCUGAGCAGGCCCCCACAGGCAGAGCCGAGGGGCCAGUUGCUGUCAUUGUCAAUGGACACACAGAGGGGCCAGGCCCCACUCGGAGUGUCCCCAAGGAACCCCCUGGGCUCUCACGGCCCCUGGGGCCCCUCCCCUGCCCCACACUUCAGGAAGACUUCCCAGCGCUUGGCAGUAGCCCCUGCCCACCCAGGAUGCCCCCUCCCCCAGGCUUCAGCACUGUGGUGCUCUCCACUCCACUCCCACCUCCGCCAGGUCUGGUGCCCCCAGUCAGCAAACCACCCCCUGGCUUCUCCAGCCUGCCCAGCUCACACCCUGCCUGUGUCCCCAGCACCACCACCACCACAAAAGCACCCAGGCUGACACCAGCACCUCGGGCCUACCUGGUUCCCGAGAACUUCAGGGAGAGGAACCUGCAGCUCAUCCAGUCUAUCAAGGACUUCUUGCAGAGUGAUGAAGCCCGCUUCAGCGAGUUCAAAAGUCACUCGGGGGAGUUCAGACAGGGCGUGAUCUCUGCAGCCCAGUAUUAUAAGAGCUGCCGGGACCUGCUUGGGGAGAACUUCCAUAAGAUCUUCAAUGAGCUGCUGGUACUCCUGCCUGACACAGCCAAGCAGCAGGAGCUGCUGUCUGCACAUACAGACUUCCGAGGCCAAGAGAGGCUACCCAGCACCAAGGCCAAGAGGAACAAGAAGAGCGCGUGGCAGGCCAGCACCCGACAGGUUGGCCUGGACUGCUGUGUGUGCCCCACCUGCCAGCAGGUGCUUGCAAAUGGUGAUGUCAGCAGCCACCAGGCUCUGCACACUGCCCAGGAUGAUGACUUCCCCUCCCUGCAAGCUGUUGCCAGGACCCUCACAUAGCUGCUGUUAUAUGGGCAAGAGCAGCCACGCCCAUUAGCCUCCUUUGUCUCUCCUCCUCCCGGGCUGCCAGGCAGCCAGGUAAGGCUCUGGUGAGGCCACCUGUUCAGGGUCCUUGGUUGGCCAGCCCACCAGGAACUGCCUACCCUACUGUAUCAGCACAUUGUCAGGCAGGAGUCCAUCUGGUUUCCUCCUGGGACCUGGGCAGAUACCCCUGCCUUGGGGGUGGACCAGGCUGGGUUUAUAUCAUGAUUUUGGCAAGUGCCAGGAGAGGGAAGGGCUAGGAUGCCAGGACUUGUCCAUGCUGUCAGAGCCAGUGGCUGCAGCAACCCAAUCCGGGACCUCCUGUAGCACCCUGGCCCCUAAGCCUGAAGCUUUGGGUCCACUUGCUGGAGUAAGAUGUUGAGUGUGUUGUGUGAACAGUUGGCUGUUUCAUGAUUCAAGAAUGUUCAGGAUUCAAAGCAGACACAAAAUUGUUCUACUUGAAGUUAAACCUUUCUAAGAGACAAGCUGCAUCUGGGAUCUCAAAUUGCCUCUGACCUUUUAUAAAAGUUUAUCUUCCAAAUAAAUUUAUUUUGCAAUAAUGCACAAAGCUGGCAUUGU